UCAUGGCGGAUGAAGUGGAGCAGCAACCGACCACCAACACUGUGGAGGAGCCGCUCGAUCUGAUCAGACUCAGUCUAGACGAGAGGAUCUACGUCAAGAUGAGGAACGACAGAGAGCUCCGCGGCAGACUGCAUGCGUACGAUCAGCAUCUGAACAUGAUCCUGGGUGACGUGGAGGAGACGGUGACGACGGUGGAGAUCGACGAGGAGACUUACGAAGAACUCUACAAGUCGACCAAGAGGAACAUCCCCAUGCUGUUCGUCAGAGGAGACGGCGUCGUCCUCGUGGCUCCGCCCCUCAGGGUGGGCUAACCCAACGAGCCGCUUCCUGGCGUUGAAGGAGCGUUUUGUGACAGCAGGGACGUUUCUAUAACUGUGAGGGAGAAGAGCGGUGCUGUCAGGACAGGCUAAAAGCAGGAGGGGGAAGAUUAAAAAACAUCUUCAGCUCCCUCGGGUCACCUUCCUCUUACUUUUUUACAUUCAUGACUCGAAGAUCAGGAAAGAAGACGUUUGUUUUGGAUGAAGAAGGCCUGCAGCUUUUUUUUUUUGUUUUUUUUUUUUUUAAAUCUUCAUUUGAGCAAAUUGUUAUUGGAUUGUUUUUUGGAUUGUGGGUGAUUUCAGGACACAGUUUUAAGGAUAUCUCUUUUCAUUUUGCACAGCACUGCAUUUAAUAAAUCCCCACAGUUUUUUAGUUAAGCCAGAAAAAAAAAAACCUAAAAAUGUAAUCACCUCCAGAGGAUUUAGUUGCCUCUUAAUCUCAGUGUCUGCUUGUACCAGACCUUGCUACAAACGGCUCUUCAUGGUUCAGAUUUGUGUGUGUAAACUUGUUUUGACCUGAACUUGAGUGUGUCUAAGAAGUACUGCCAGAGGAAAACGUCUGAAGUGAAACUUGUUGAUUCAAAGCAAAAGUAUUUUAGUUUCUCCGUGAUCCCAAACUCAUGAUCUGUGAAUAUUUGGCGAGUUAUUAAAGUUUCUGUUGGAUGAUGAUUUUUAGUUUCUUUCUUCUUUUUUUUUUUUAUAUACAUAUUUUUGUAGUGUUUAUAAGUGAGUGUGGGAUCAUGUUAUGCUCAUUUGUCUCCAUUUUAUUUGGUAAAAUUUAAUAAUAAAAAAAAGAAAAAAGGUGUUU